AUGCAUGAAUUUGAUAAGGGUGAUCCUCCUGGUCUUGAUAAGGGUGAUCCAACAAAACAUCACAGCUAUGAAACAAUUGAAGCCUCUGUUUACAAUGGAGUUAUGCAUGAAUUUGCUAAAGUUCCUAAAAAGAGCUUUGAUAUCAAAAACACUGAUUUUAAUCAGUUGGACUUUCUUAUCAACAAGAUGAUGUUCAUUUCUGCUCAAUAUCAAAUUGUUGAUAAUUUUGAAGAUAAGGAAGAGGAAGCUGGUCUAGUUUACGCUAUUUCCAAUAUACCAUCACCGAUCAAUUGUACAUCCGCUUUUAUACUUCCAUUCCCAGACUCCUAUCCAUCUUUUGCAUCUUCUUCUCUCUCAGCGACUCAAUCACAAAACUAUGUAUCCCUUAUCUACUGUAAUAUGGAGGAACAAUAGGCACAAUCAAAUACUCUACCAAAAGAAAUACACUAAUUUGACAUUAAUCCAUCAUUAUUUGAAUCAGUUUCCAUCUUGAUGAUAGUUGAUGUAUGCAGUUGGAUCAUCUUCAAUCAAUGAGAUUCACCUAUCAUGAUUGGAGAAAGGUUCACAUGUACAUUUGAUUGUUAAGAUGGUAGACAAUUGUUCAUAAGGUAUAAAGAAGAGAAUCAAUUAUGCCAAGUUCGUCUACAAUCAAGUUUCCUAUUCUUUAAAUAUUUAGUUUGAUAGUUUCAUAUUUUGAGUGUUACUAGCACAUCAUUUGUAC